AUGCUCAGCUUAUCGCACUUGUUGUCGGCGGCGGCCAUGGUCGCCCUCGCGUCGGCGGCGGCCGAGCCCAAGGACAUUUACUGCGCGGGCCCGGUCCUCGAGACGAUCCAAGAUGCGCGGCUCUACAACGACAGCAAGCACUUUGUGGACAUGGUCAUGAAGGCGUCGCCGCAGACAGUCCUCGACGCGUUCACUCAGCUGCCCGACCACUCGAACGCGACGCUCAAGGCAUUUGUCGCCAAGUACUUUGACGAGCCGUCGACGGACCUCGUCGAGAUCGCGCUGCCCGACUUUAAGGAACACCGAGAUGAAGGCGUGGCGCUCGAGAUCAACAAGCUCUGGAAGCUCCUCGGCCGCAAGCGCGUGCUGCCGGAAGGCUACUACGGGUCGCACCUCCCGACCAAGCACAACCUCGUCGUGCCCGGCGGCCGCUUCCGCGAGAGCUACUACUGGGACUCGUACUGGAUCAUCCACGGUCUUCUCAAGAGCGACAUGGCCGAGACCGCCAAGGGCGUUGCGCAGAACCUCCUCGACUUUGUCGCUGACUAUGGCUUUGUGCCCAACGGCGGCCGCAUCUACUACCUCAACCGCAGCCAGCCGCCGCUCCUCUCGGACAUGGUGCGCAUCAUCUGGGAGGCAACCAAGGACGACGCGUUCCUCAAGCAAGCGCUGCCGCUCCUCGAGAAGGAGUACGCGUUCUGGAUGGCGACGGGCGCAGCGUCCCACCGCGUCGAGGUCACGGCCGCGGACGGCACCACCCACGUGCUCAACCGGUACUUCUCGGCCGGCACGGAGCCGCGUCCCGAGUCGUUCCGCGAAGACAUGGAGACGGCCAAGCUCGUCCCCGAGGCGAGUCGCGCGGGUCUAUAUCAAAACAUCAUUGCGGCGGCCGAGAGCGGCUGGGACUUUUCCAGCCGCUGGUUCGAAGACGGCAAGACCAUGAAGUCGCUCUACACGACGCAGGUGGUGCCGGUGGACCUCAACGCGAUCAUGCACAAGUUUGAGGUCAACCUCGGGGUCAUGCACCGCCAUUUUGGCAACGCCGAGAAGGCGUCGACGUUCGACGCCGCGGCGAAAGCGCGUCGGGCGGCCAUUGACGCGAUCCUCUGGAGCGACGCUAGCGGCGCGUGGAAGGACUUCAUCCUGAGCACCAAGAAGCACUCGAGCAUCGUGUCGAUCUCCGACUACACGCCGCUGUGGGCGCAGGCGUACGACGGAUCGGACGCCAAGCGCAACGCCAAGGUGCUCUCGAGCCUCCAAAGCUCGGGUCUCGUCCUCGUCGCAGGCAUUCAGACGACGACGGCCCAUACUGGCCAGCAGUGGGACGCCUACAACGCGUGGGCGCCCGAGAUCGACUUUACCGUCGAAGGUCUCUUGCACAUGAACUCGUCCGACGCGACCGCGUUUGCGUCCAAGAUCGUGACCGACUGGGUCCAAACGGGCCACUCGGCGUUCCAGAAGACGGGCUACAUGCUCGAAAAGUCAACGCGUCGGUCGUCGUACGAUCUCCAGUUUGGUUUUGGCUGGUCCAACGGCGUCAUCCUCAAGUUUCUCACCGACUACCAAGAUUUGUACCACCACGACCGCUGCUAA